UAUUUCGCUAUUUACGAAUGAGUGGCGUUUUCCGAUGUUGUGGUUAGGCGUGAACCUAAGAGGACAGCUUAAACUGCUGCGAGUGAAUCGAGGAGCAAUAAUAUUCAAAUUCUUCCUUAUCAUAAAGUCGGCAGCCGAUAAUGCCGUCGUCGAUAUUGUGCGUGACGUCACUUUUGCGGGUAUUGUUGAGAAAAGAGCCUUACUGCUUUUGUGUGCAGCUGAGCAUGUCCACGUGAAGAAAAGGAGUAAGGCACUGCCUAAAAAUGCAGAAAAAAUUGUCUUUUCGCACCAUAAUCUUCCACUCCCAAAGUUUAAUUACGAGAAUUCACAUGCAAAUACCGUUUCAGAAACACCAAAUAUCGCAGUUGCUGACAGCAGUUCAGCAGUCAUUAAUGCAGAAGCUAUUGCUACAUCAACUCUGCCACAACAGCUAGCCACAUCUAUGGCACCGCCGUUGCGUAUUCCACCAUUCUGAGCUUUCAAUGACGAGCACAAGGAGAGGAACGAGUAUUAUGUUCAGUUUGCCACUCAUUGCAUUACACAUCAGGAGCAAGGUUCCUGAUUGGAGAGAGGUGUCAACAUUAGAGGAGUACAAAUAGGAUUUUUUUAUGGUGCAGCUAUUUUUACAUAAAUUUAAUGAACAGAAAGUUGUGGA